GGAAAGCUAAUUCCGCGGAUAGACUUAAAACAUAUCGGAGCUGCGUCCGUAUUGGGACGUCGGGAGAAAAAUGAGGAUAGGCUGUUGGCUUGUCAACUCUCACCCAAUCACUUACUGUUUGGUGUUUUCGACGGGCAUGGUGGCUCUGCUGCAGCUGAAUUCGCCCGAUCCGUACUUCCCGAGUGCAUCCGAUAUGGCCUGGCCGCGCUCCAGAACACAGUGCGUAAACGUGGACAGUCACUGCGUACCACUGACCUAGCUCUUUUCGAACCAGUGAUGGAGCAUGCAUUCCUGCAGGUGAACAACCUGAUGAUGCGUCAUUUUUACCACUAUGCUACAGCUCGAGAACGGCUGUGGGCUGGCACAACAGCGACGGUGGUUCUGCUCUUGAAUAGUCACCAAGUUGUCGUUGGUCACGUUGGCGACAGCCGUGCGCUGUUCAGUCGUCACGGCUCCAUAACGGCGCUCACAACCAACCACGAUCCAAAUAGUACCGUUCUGUUAAACGACAUCUGUAAGGAUGAUGAUGGUCGUGGCAUGACGGAGGUAGCCCGGAUAAAAAAGUGUGGGGGUCAGGUGAUCACCAACAGUUUGGGGGUACCCGUUGUCAACGGUCGUCUGGGCAUGACUCGUAGCCUCGGUGAUUCUCAACUCAAACCGUUUGGUGUGACUGCCAAACCUCAGUUGACAAGUAUGAAGGUCCGACACGGUAGCGCAUCAUUCCUCGCUCUCGUCAGUGAUGGUGUCACCUAUGUCAUGUCAGACGAAGAGAUCCAAAGCACUAUAGCUUCAUGCCGAACUCCACGGGACGCCGCCGAGUGUGUCGUAGAGAAUGCCCUACUGUUCGGGUCGGAUGAUAAUGCUAGCGCGUUGGUCAUCCCUUUCGGAUCUUGGGCCUUUAUUAUGUCGGCGAAUGAAGAUGACCAACUCCCUGUUUAUCCUCUUAAUGAGUGUGGUGAACAAUUGGCUGAGCAGCUGAAUGCUCGUGGCCUCAAAUGCCAAUUUGUGGUUUGUGCUCCUGGCAGAGUGAACUUGAUUGGUGAACAUAUCGAUUAUAACGGGUAUGCUGUUCUCCCAAUGGCUUUGGAACAGGCAAUUCAUUUGGCAGUGGCAACCUGGCCAACCAAAUCAGUCAUUCUGAGCAGUUCUGAUGCAAAUUACGAGCCCGCUACUGUGUCGAUUGAGGAAGCACUCACAUUCGGCUCAGACGGUCCACCAGUCGCAGUGCAAUGGUUCCAUUAUCCGCUUUGUGCUUAUCAUGGAAUUGCCGACUAUGUGAAACAGAACAGUAUG